CAGCUGGCCGGGCGCGGGGGGGCGGCGGCGGUUGGUGGCGGUUGCGGCCAUGGCGGAGAAGUUCGACUCGCUGGAGGAGCACCUGGAGAAGUUCGUGGAGAACAUCCGGCAGCUCGGCAUCAUCGUCAGUGACUUCCAGCCCAGCAGCCAGGCUGGGCUCAACCAGAAAUUGAAUUUCAUGGUGACGGGCUUGCAGGAUAUCGACAAAUGCCGGCAGCAGCUUCACGAUAUCAGUGUGCCUUUGGAAGUUUUUGAAUACAUAGAUCAAGGUCGCAAUCCUCAGCUCUACACCAAAGAGUGUCUGGAGCGAGCUUUGGCUAAAAAUGAGCAAGUAAAAGGAAAAAUCGACACAAUGAAGAAAUUUAAAAGUCUGUUAAUUCAAGAACUGACAAAGGUGUUCCCAGAAGACAUGGCAAAAUACAAAGCUAUUCGGGGAGAAGAUCCUCCUCCUUAAAUAGGCCUUUGAUAGCUCUAAUAAUGGGAAUUCCAUAAAUUGACAUCACUGGAUAAAAACAUUGAUUGGAGAGAGAGGGAAUCCAAGCCUUGAUAGAAACUACUAAAAAUGGCAGUGAUGGACUGUAAAGGAGCCUUGAUGAUUGUUAAUGGUUCUGGUCUGAAGCUACUGAAUCUUCCAGAAGACUUUUACUCAAAGGUUGCCUUUGUAACUCCUUAUUGUGAUCUAUUCUUUCCUGAAAGGCUUUUGAGAUCUUGUUGCCUGCAAGUCAUCAAUACUCAGCAUUUCCCGCAAAGUGCAUUUCCAGAGCAGAGAAUAUUUCUUUUUGUGUGUUCUGAAAAGUGUGCUCCAGGAUUGUGAGCUCAUCAUUAAAGAGAAAUGUAUUUAUUAUACUUAAUUAUUAA